AUGGCCGACGAUUCCCUCAAAGUGAAUGGCCAGGGCCGUCCCAGCAACGUCAAACACCACACGUCCCCCUCGCUCAUGAUGAACGCCCACUUUGCCGGCGUCGGCGACAACGUCGACAAAAGUGCCUAUGAACAUGGCAUCCAGGUCAUCGACGAGGACAAGAUGUUCAACACAAACGUCUCUACAUAUCUCAACAUCGAGAAGGUUAUCCCCGCCGGCUUCAACUACCACCUCAUAUCCGUCUUUGGCUCGCAGUCUACCGGAAAGUCGACGCUGCUCAACUACCUCUUCGGCACCCAGUUCGGCGUCAUGUCCGAGCAGGAGCGCCGCCAGACAACAAAGGGAAUCUGGAUGAGCAAGAACAAGCGGGAGGAGGGCGGCUCCAAUAUGGCUGAGAACAUCCUCGUCAUGGACGUCGAGGGUACAGAUGGCAGAGAGCGAGGCGAGGACCAGGACUUUGAGCGCAAGAGCGCCCUGUUCGCGCUUGCCACGAGCGAGGUCCUCAUCGUCAACAUCUGGGAACACCAAGUCGGACUGUACCAGGGUGCCAACAUGGGCCUGCUCAAGACUGUGUUCGAAGUCAACCUACAGCUCUUCGUCAAGGACAGCCAAUCCACCCCCAGAUCCCUCUUAUUCUUCGUCAUCCGCGACCACCUCGGCACGACACCCCUCAAGAACCUACAAAACACCUUAAUACAAGACCUCUCCAAACUAUGGUCGACCAUCUCAAAACCCAACGGCCUGGAGAACUCGCGGAUAGAAGACUACUUCGACUUCGCCUUCGUCGCCCUCCCCCACAAGAUCCUACAACCAGAGAAGUUUGAGGAGGCAGUCACACAGCUUAGCAGGCGGUUCAAGGAAGGGUACAAUGACCCGAGGAAGAGCGGACUCAUCGACGAGGCGACAGCACCCAUCUUCCUACCCCAAUACCACCGACGGAUUCCCGCAGAUGGUUUCUCGGCAUAUGCGGAGGGUGUGUGGGAUCAGAUUGUCAACAACAAGGACUUGGAUUUGCCUACACAACAAGAGCUGUUAGCUCAGUUCCGCUGUGACGAGAUCUCGCGGGAGGUCCUCGUUGCUUUCGACGAAAAGAUCACACCACUGGAAGACCAACAAGCCGAGCACGCUCGCACAGGACAACUUUCUGUCAUUGCCGACCUCGGCCCUGCGAUGAGCGCCGCACGAACCAAGGUCUUCAAAGACUUCGACACGAACGCGAGCCGAUACCACAAGGGCGUCUACAAGCGGAAGCAGGCAGAACUGGAGGGCAAGGUGGACACACGGUUGAAGGCACUGUUCCAGAAGCAACUCACAGCUGCUCACAAGUCCGGGGUGGAGUCCUUCAGCGAAGCCGUCAGUGCGGCGGUGAAGAGCGGUCAGAAGAAGGGAACAUACGACUUCGCACAGAUUGUCGAUUCGGAGAAGAAGCAAGCACUUGCCAAGUUCGAAGAAGAUGCGAAGGCCAUGGCGAUCGAGGGCGCGGCCUGGAGCAGUCAUGAGAACGAGUUGAAGAUCUACAAGAAGGACCUUGAUGACGUCUCUGGCCGUCUGCGCAAGGAUGAGAUGAGGCGUCUGGCCACACGAAUCGAGCGCUGGGUACGAUCAAGACUAGACGAGUCUGUCGGUCUGGAAUUCAACAAGCUCGGAUCCGGUCGAGGCGGUUCUGGCGCGCCCGAGCAUGGCGAGCGACCACCAACAGAGAAGGAUCUCUGGGACCGUGUCUGGACUAUCUUCACCGAAACUGUUUCGAGCGCCGAGAAGCGAUUCACUGACCGCGCAUCCAGCUUCGAUGCUAGCCCCGAAGAAGUUGAGGUCGGUCUGUGGAGGUUACGGCGGAAGUCGUGGGCUGUCCUCCGCGCGAAGAUUGACGAAGAAGUCAUGGAGGGCAACAUUCUCUUGAAGCUGAGAGAAAACUUCGAAGACAAGUUCCGCUACGACGAGCAUGGCGUCCCAAGAAUAUGGCGACCCACCGAUGACAUCGAGGGCGUCUACACCAAGGCCCGCGAGUCGACGAUCACCGUUAUCCCACUCCUUGCCCGUUUCAAGCUGGCGAAGACAUCAAGCCCUCCACCGCUCGAUGCAUGGAUCGGCGAAGCUCCCGCGUCAGCAACCGCUGCGGAUGAAGACGAUCUGACGCCCAUCGGUGGCUUAGACGACGAAGAGGGCAAAACCCUGGAAGAGGAGAUGACCAUCCUCUCUGACGCCAAGCAAGCCGAUCUCCUGAUCCGCUUCAAGAAGACCGCAGAUGGUGUGUACGUAGAAGCUAAGCGUAGCGCGAUUGGCGGUAUCACACAAGUUCCGUUGUACUUCUACGGUCUCCUCCUCGCGCUGGGUUGGAACGAAAUCGUAGCUGUCCUCCGCAACCCAGUAUACUUCAUCUUCCUCAUCCUCCUCGCCGUCGGCGCCUACGUAACCUACACCCUCAACCUAUGGGGCCCCAUGGCACGCAUGGCCAACGCCGCCUCCACACAAGGUCUUGAAGUCGGCAAGGAGCGUCUUCGCGCUUUCCUCGAGAGCUCGGAUACUGGCCGCCAAGCCAUGGCCAUGAGCGGCGGUAUGAAUGAGACUAGGAGGCACGAGGAUGUCAGGAUGGACAGGCUAAAUGGCGAUGGCAAGAAGAGCAGAGCCGAGGAGGAGGACCUCGAUGAUAUUUGA